AUGGUGUUUCUCUUGUCCCGGCUUGUCCUCCCUUUCUUUUCAUUUCUUCACUCUGUUUCCGUUCCCCUUCCAUCUGGGAUCCUCCAAAUCUCACUGCUAACAGUGUCCGGCCAGGCCGGCAUCAUCGCUUGUGCGGAGGCCUAUGCCAUCUGUGGUCAGGAGGUUUAUGCCUACGGGUCGGUUCUCGAAACUGCAAAGGUCGGUGUGGGUGACACGUUAGUGUUCUUCAUUCACUGGUCGAACUGGGGGCAGCCUCAAGCCUCUUAUGAGUUGUUGAGAAUUGCCGCUGUUAAUGGCAUGGCAUUGAAAGGCACUUUCAAGGCGGCUGAGGCUGACAAGGGCUUCGGCUUCAUCGACUGCCCGGAUGCCAAAGAAUACUUUGGCAGGGACGUGUAUGUCAACAAGGACAGAUGGUGA